ACUGGAAUAAAAUACAGAUUCUAUGACAUUAUGUUCAUGGCAUUUUGCAGAAUCAACGAGAGAGAAGUCCCAUGCGCUGUGCUAUUCAACUGACAUUUAAAAAAAUUAUCCGCUGCGAAAAUACCUCUCAGAUUAUAGUUUAACCUGCAGAAUUUUAAGCAAAAUGGCGACAGUGUAGUGGAUGGAGGACGAAAAACGUAAUGUCAAGUGUAAUGACAAACGUUCCAAUUAUUAUUGUUUUCUGCAUUGGGAAGGUGGGUUUUCAGAAGACCGUAGGGUGGAACCAAUGGUUUGUAAUAGACUGAACAUACUGGUGAGAUGGCUGAUAUAAAGCCAAAUGCACAAGAGAACAAAGAAGGAGAUGUGGUGGAACCAGUGUGUGACAGCUCCGGUGCCACUCAGGAGCCAUUACAGCGUCACACGUCUUCCCUGAAGAACAAUGCUGCAGGUCUGUCAGAGCAGCUGUCUUCUGACGGACUCCCAAACCCUUUAAAUGGAGCACAGCCCAGUUCAUUUGUACCCAGCAGUGUCCCUGCUGUUCCCCACACAGCCCAAGCAGCCCAUUCACUGCCUUCAGGAGCACUUGUUAAUGGACCUGGUUCACACCCUGCCUCAGAGGAGAGCUGUGGCCUGAACAAAAACAGCACAAUGUCCAACAAUGUCCUGGUGGAGGCCCAGGACGCCCAACUACGACAAUCUGGGAGGGACACAAGCCCUCAGGUGUUACCACCACCCAGUGAGCUUCAAUCAGACGCCCUGAAGAACCCAGCAGGGCUCGUUCUGAAAACACUAGCCACCACGCAGCCAGGGGCCAACAACACGUCACCAUCAGACUCUGAGGCUAGUGAGGCCGAACUGCCCUACCAGGCCCUCGACACCACCUUGUCAGGCCACAGUCCACAAUCACACCAAACGCCAAUUAACCAAAUAUGGACGGCCGAGGGAGUCGAGGCUAGAUCUAUAUGGGACUUAAACACCACAGAGUCCUCUGAGAGCUCGUCGGACGGUUUUGACGGGACUGAUGCACUACACUGGGAUUCACAGAAAGAGCUCAUACGGGCGUUGUGGAAGAAUCACACAGUUGACAGCAGCUUAGAGACAAACACUGCAGGAGUGGGAGUGAUGUCUCAGCUUACCAACCAAAGACAGAGGAAGCGUAAAAUACACCUGGUGGGUACGGCAGGCUCUCCUGAAAAGGUUUACAACUGCAGCACAAAUCACACCUACAAAAAGUGGCAUAUUGAAGAGGAGGAGGAUGAUGAGGAUUUUGACAUCUCCAACAUAAAUGAAGAUGAUUCCUCCUGUAAAAAGGCUGAUGCACAAUCUUCUGUGAAUUCAUGUCAAGAGCAUCCCAGUGACAGCCCUGUAAUCAUUAAGAAGCUGAUUGUAAGAGCAGAUUGCCCGAAGGACAAUCACUCCGUCUCCCUCUUUAGUAGAAAGCCCAAACAGCUUAAGACAGAGCAAUCCGAACAAGAACCAUCAUUCUUCCCAUGCACAAUGUGCAAUGUUAAUUUCAAGGAGAAAAGGCAUUUGCAUAGACAUGUGAUGUAUCAUUUAGAUGGGCAAAAUCAUCAGGUACGCCACCAUGAGAAAGUUCCCCGGCCUUUUAUAUGCAGGGAGUGUGGGCGUUCGUUCCGCGAUCGCAGCUCCCUCCUCAAGCACAUGAUUAUCCACCAGGCGAGACGGGAGAAACUCAUGGAGGAGAUACAGGGACUCAACAAACUCCGAGACGAAGGCAGGAACGCCAAGCUCCAGUGCCCGCAGUGUGUGUUCGGGACCAACUGCCCCAAGACGUUUGUCCAGCACGCCAAGACACACAACAAGGAUAAACGUUAUUACCUCUGCGCGGAGUGCAACCACGUGGCAUUGACGGAACGGGAGCUUGAAGCACACCUGUACGCGAUGCACUGUGACACACUGAAGUCCAAGUACAAGAACGUGAUCAAAGAUGAGGAGUCAGAGUUUCUUACAGAUAACAAAGAUGAAUCCAGUCAUGUUCUGUUUCACUGUAAAGUGUGCCCUUUCAGCACCCAGAAUGAAGAUUGCCUUAAAAAGCAUGGUGAGCUGAUACACCAACAGUCUGAUUCUGAUGAUGAAUGUGAAAAUCCGCCAUUUAAAAAAGCACUUAACCAUACAGAUCAAUAUAGCCUAGCUGACCCGUCCAAAAAAGCAGCAGAUUUAAAACUACUGCAGCUAAAGCCAAAGUUCUGUAUUAAAAAGCCUGCUUUCUGGAAAAGAGCGGAUUUUCGCUUUUGGUCCGGUAGUGUAGCUGACUUUUACAUGAGAGACACAGCAGACACACAGAAGUCUUACAAAGGUCUUACCUCCUCUCAAUUCAAGUGCAGCAUUGUCAGCUCAGCAAACAAGCUGUCACCAUCCCUGUGGAGGAGUGACAAGCCAAGCAAAUUAUCUCCUAAACCAACAGAGAAAAUAGACGUGACAACAGGUCUCCCUUAUGUUGAGGAAGACAAUCAACUAUACAACCAUGUGGUUUCAGGAAUCUCCGAAAGGACAAAAUAUCCCUCCAAUGUUGAUGUGUUGCUUACAUCCAAGAUGAUUAAACCAGGCCAGAUGCUGUAUCAUAGCUACAACUCUGACAAGAGUCAGGGAGGUAGCAACGACUUGACCGGCAGGAAGUCAGAGGCACAAGCUGUUACCCAAAAGACCCCAUCCAAAAGAAAAAUGUCCACUCCCUUCCACAACAGUGUGGACAAGGUGGUUGAUAAUGUUUUGCCAAAACUGAACCCAAAAUUAAAAGAGACUACCACUCCUGAGGACACAGAGGGAGACGAUGAUUAUGAGGACACGUACGACUUUAGUGCUUACACCAGCGAGGCUACAGCCAACUUCCUGGAUAGUAGUGAGAACGAGAGGAACCCCUACGCCCGUAGCUACUUCAUACGCAGACAGAGGGGUUCUUCUAUCAAAGAGAAUCCUGCACCUGCUGCUGACAUCGGCCGUUUGGAAAAGAACGCCGUUCAGGUUGACCACCAUUUUAAUAAGACUGAAGACAAGGAGGGGGAGUAUGACAGCGAUGACAUACAGAAGCUUAUCAUCAAAGAAGAGUGUAUAGAAAGCUCAGUGUGUGACGAUUCUCCAGAGUCACCCACCACCACCGGCACACACAACCAGAGUCUGUCCUAUGACUAUGACUUCUCCCCUUCUUUUGGAACAGAAAGGAAGUCCUGCCCCUACUGUCCUGCUGUGUUUGAGUCUGGGGUGGGCUUAUCCAAUCACGUGCGAGGGCACCUGUACAGGUUGGGGCUGAGUUAUGACGCUCGCCAUGUGGUGUCACCUGAGCGGGUAGCCUCACAGGACCGACAGCCACGCGUACGCAGGAAGGUCCCCUCUGUGGUGCGGAGGAUCAAAAAAGCUGAGAAGCCGGAGUCUCAGGCGGAGCACACCUGUCCCCUGUGCUGGGGCUGGUUCGACACCAAGACAGGCCUCUCCAACCACGUGAGGGGCCACCUAAAGCGAAUAGGGAAGACCAGCACCAGCACCAGUAAGAGUCCAGUGUGUAUUCUCAAUGAGCUGCUAAAGGACGAGCAGGAACACCAGAACAUCCUCCAGAUUCUCAACAGGAAGCAGUUAAUCUCUCGACCAAUCAUCUCCCAGAAGUUCAUUGGCAGCGACGGGCUCUUCCUAACACCGAUGGGGAUCCCAGUGAAGAUCCAACAUGGCUGCCAGCUGGGCCAGAAUGGCACUCCCACUCCAUGGGAUCCCAGUGCAAAUACACCCAGGCAGGAGGGGGUUGAGAGAGAGGAUUUCUUUCCUAAGAGGAAGAGUAUAGAGAUAGGAGGUGUCAUUGAACCUUCCCGGAGCACUUUAGGCAAGCUUUUGAGGAAGAGGAAGUUGGACAAGGAUGAUGCGGAUAAGAACCACUUUACUGUGACCAAAGAGAGGGUUGAGGGGAGACAGAACCAACAGGCCAUCAACCUGGAAACACACUGGGCCCAUGAGAGAAAUGCAUCUAAUAAGAAGAUUUGUAUUCACUGUAACACAACAUUUCCCAGUGCUGUUAGCCUGUCCAAUCAUCUUCGCGCUUACGCACGCAGGAAGAGGGUUGCCAUGUUAGAAGGAACAACCUAUUCCUGUAUACUGAAGAAGCCUAGGUUGAGGGCUGGACCAAAGAACACCCUGUUCUCAGCUCUCCCAUGUGCUGUUGAGGAGAUGUAUAGACUCACCUGCAGAUUCUGUGACCUCGUCUUCCAGGGUCCUCUGUCCAUCCAGGAGGAUUGGCUCAGGCAUUUACAGAGGCACCUCAUGCACACCAGUGUCCCUCGCACAGGAGCUGGCAUGGUGGAGGUCCUGCGACUACACAAAGAGACGCCCUCCUUGCCCCCCCAGGAGCACCCCUCUCGGGAGCUCCCAACAUCCAAUGAGCCCCCCACGGCUCAUGAGCCCCAGACGCACCAUGAGCAAUCCUGCUUGCAACACCCCUCUCCUCAUGAUCACCCCUUGCCCCAGCAGGAGCCCCCCUUGCCCCAUGGGCCCACCUUGCCCAGCAAGCACCCCGAAACCCACGAGCACCCUGAGCUCCAUGAUGAGCAUCCCUUGCACCAUGCACACCCCUCGUCCAAUGAGCACCCAAGCCUGGAGCAGCACACGGCCACGUCCUUUCCAGAGCUUCUUCCAGUGGCGUCCUGAACUGGAGGGUUGUUUACACAUUUUCACUUUAUAUCUUUAUCCUCUACAUGUAAAUAUGGAUAGACACAUAGAAAUAUAGAUAGAUAGAACAAUUCUAAAGCUAUAUGUUUUUCUUAAUAUGCACAAUACCAGCCCUUCCCUCUAUUUUAUAAGACCUGUCUCUAUACUGUAUAUGAUGGAUCUUGUUACUUAUAUGUACAGAAACAAAGACUUGUGCUUGAGAUGCAAAAAUGCCAACAAUCGCUGAAGCUAGAACAGUAGUCAGUUCAGAACCUUGUAUCUCAACUUUUCUAACGAACGUUUGCACUCUGUAACCGCUUCUACUCUACUAUGUUUAGGUGAAGUUUUACCUCCAGGUAAUCUUGCCAUCUUGCAACAGGUACACAUGUUAAAUGUGUCUUCUUGCUUCCUUCUUUGCACUGUUUAGCAGUCAGUCAGAACAUUGAACCCAUUACCAAAUGAGACAACUGACACCUCAGCAUUGUGUAAAUGAUAAAUGCUUUGUCCGUUACCUUUAACUGUGGCCUAUAGAAGCCAUAAUCAGAAUACAGGGUCAUAAACAGUACCAGUCAAAAGUUUGGAGACACCUACUCAUUCCAGCGUUAUUCUUUUCUUUUUACUAUUUUCAACAUAUGUUCAACA